ACCGUAUUUGCCCUGUAUCUCAAGGUCUACGAGAACGACAGCCAUUUAACGUCCAUCUGUAUACCUUUCUGCUCAUUCGAGCCGCACUUGAGGCCGAGCUUAUGCGUUUGCCAGGCCCAGGAGAGGGGGCGUGCUUGAGGGUGUGAAUGAACCACCACAUGUGCACAGUGUCCAAAUGAGAAUUGCGGCAACCCAAGUUUACGAAUGCGUAUUACAUUCGUCAUUUUUUGGGUACGGCAAGCCGAGAAUCUUGUUCCCAAGUUUCAAACCAGAACUUGGCUGACGGCAUUUGGCAGGAAAAGGCCCGAAUGGCCUGGAAAUGACGUAACAAAUCCGGGAGGAAAGAGAAAGAAGCAAGGUCGCCUGGACUUCACAAGGCAAGAAAGGUCGUCUUGGAAGCUCGACGAAUAGAGGAGCAAGAAGGAAGGAAAGAGAGGAGGGAGGAGAAAGGCCUCGAUAACGCGAGGUUUGGUUCUCUGAGUAACUUCCACCUCAUAUGACUGACUUUAGAUGUGUGAAUGGGAGAGCAGAAUCAUGCUCGAGGUAACUUCGGUCGAAAACGAGGAGGGAAAUCAUCAUGAGGUGGAAACGUCAAAUCUGAAUCGAGGGGAACUGACCCCUACGUCGACGGGUGCCAAACGCAAGGUGGACAUUCAAAAAGAAUUGUGCGAGUACCGACAAGCUAUGAUGACGUCCAUGAGCUCCAACCUCGUCGAAACGGUUUCGAUCGAUUAUGAGGACUUCAACGAGUCCUUCCUCACAUGUGGGACCUGCCUUUUAAAUGGCAGGAAAUCGGGUAUGUACGAUGGAGGCGAACAUUUGCCCAAAUUGCUUCCGUGUUCCCAUACAGUGUGUCUCCAAUGCCUUGAUCGGAUCGUGGCCACGUUCGCCCGUGACACGGGCCAAUUUCGGUGUCCCAUCUGCCGAGAGCUGAUCACAAUCCCAAGGGGCGGGGUCCAGGCCUUGCCUCCGUCGUUUCUGGUGAACCAGUUGCUGGAUUUGAUGGCGAGACAACGAAGAGAGAUCAUUCCCAAAUGCUCCAUUCAUCAAAACCAGGAGCUCCUGUUCUGCGAGACUUGUGAUACGGUUUUUUGUACUUCCUGCAUUGGUGGCUCCCAUGUCUCGCCCGACGAUUCCAGUGGAGGUAGUGUGGCAGGGGGCGUUCCAGGAGGCUCGGGCACCCCGACCCAUACGAAUAAUGUGGAUCACACCGUCAUCCCAUUCUCAAUCGCCAUCAAGCGCAUGUCAGAAAUUCUUAUAUACAAAGCCAAUGAAUGCAGGGCCAAACUCAAUGAGGCCAAUGACAUCGUAAAGGAGGAGAUCCAUCGUUUGGAUCACAAUGCCGACGAAGCCUUUGAGGCCAUAAAUUCCCAGUUCCAGACGGUUCUGGAUAGUAUUGAAAAGAAGAGACAGGAGGUGCUGGACAAUGUCAAAGUCACAAGAGACGACAAGAAAAAACUUCUGGAGGAUCAGCAGCAAAUUAUCCAGGCUGAAAAAUCGAAAGUGGAUGCAGAUGUCCAGGCCAUGCGUCAACAAGUGGAGGUCCGGAACAUAACGAAGAAGAUUUCCGAUCUGAACUGCAAGCUGGACACGGUGUCGACCCUCUCGGAGCCUCGUGAAAAUUCGUACAUGCAGUACGUCCUACCCGAUGACUAUGAAAAUAUUCUGAAUACCAUCAUCGAGUCGUUGGAUGCCUUGGGCAAAAUCAAGACCUCGAAAACGUUCCCGUCCCUGUGUCGUGCUAGUAUGGAGACAGCCAUCGCUCAUCUUGAGAUGAAGGCCAAAGUGACGACCAUCGACUACAAUGGCGUCCUUCAAACUCAAGGGGGCGAUCCUGUCACGGCGGAAGUGGUGGAUUCCCAAGGAGAAACGCUGGACCUGGUCCUUACCGACAACAGCGAUGGUACUUACGAGCUUCGAUUCACGCCCCAGAGAGCGGGAACUUUCUGUCUUAAAGUGUUGAUCUUCGGCCGACCGAUCAAGGACUGUCCUUUGUUCUUUGACGUGUCUGAGCACAAUCCCCCGGUGAUCUCCUUUGGGAGCAAAGGCAACAAGGAUAAGGGCUUCAUGCAGCCUUGCAAUGUGGCUGUUGACUCGAUGAACAACGUGUACGUUAUCGACACGGGCAAUUCGAGGAUCAAACGACUCUCGUCCACCCUGGAUUUUCAAGAUCACAUCCAUAACAGUAGUUUGGAGGGUCGCUCCGUGACCGGGAUCUGCAUGGGUCGUAACGAAGAAUCUCUGAUGGUCAUCAAUUGGCGAUCGAAGACCGUGGCCGAGAUCAAUAUGAACACCGGUGAGACCGUCUCCAGUUUUACUCAUGACAACUUUGUCGAGCCCAUCGACGUGGCCUUGAAUAACGAAGGACACGUUUUGGUGGCCGAUAAUGGCUUCGGCUCGAUCUUGGUGUUCGAUGUGUCAGGUGAGCUGCUCCACACAAUUGGCUCGAAAGGCUCGGGCAAAGGUCAGUUUAAGGACAUUUCUGCAGUGUGUGUGUCCGCCACCGGUGAGAUUGUGGUGGCGGAUUCGCGGAUUCAAGUCUUUAGUCCCGAGGGCAAGUUCCUCCGGGAGAUCUACUCACAGGGCAAGAACAAAGGUCGAUACGGGGGUUUGGCGUGUGAUUCUAACGGAUUCCUCGUGGCCACACGGACUGAAAAGGCCAAGUCUUUCAUACAAGUGUUUCGAUUUGAAAGUGGCCAACUGUACUCGACCAUCAGCUCGGAUGGUUGUCGCAUGAAAAGGCCAACGGGAAUUGCUGUGAUGGGCGAGGAUGAACGGCACUUGGUCGUGGUGGACAUCGGGAACGAUUGUGUACGCAAGUAUCGUUACUUUUAGUCCAACAACCACGCGUCCAUUCGUCAGCAAUACGUAGACAAACUGUCUGUCCUAGGACCACCACCAUCAUCACCAUCACCAUCACGCCCAUUUGAAUUGAAUAUAAAAAAGAAUAAGAACUACGAGCAAAAAGAACGAACGUAACGAAGAGAUUAUCACCAAGUGCGGGUAUACCACCAGAGAGGGGGAUUCAUUUCGAUGCCUUUAUGACCUACGACAUACCAUAUAGUAUCACUUUAAGAAGAUAACCAUCCCUGUACAAUCUUUAGCUUCUCCGGAAGAGUUCCUCGUCACAUUCGUCUUCACCACCUCGAACCUCCUAGUACGAUUACUAUUGUUCUGAAUAUCAUAAUAUGAUGAUGAAGAUGCCUAUAAUCAUCGUCUUGUCCUUCUGCCUUCUGUUCUUUCCCACGCUAUCACUACCACUGUUAAUUCACAGACAAAAAAGAACCGCUCAAUAUUUGUACGAGACCAAACCCAAUCAACCCAACUAUUGAAACUGAUCGACACAAACACAUAGACUCACACGUACACACACACGCACACACACACACACUAAAACUCCCAAAAGCGCACACACGUCCACUCAGAAGUAGCUUUGCAAUUACAGUAACCAAUACAAAUACGCAUUUGAGUACUUAAAAACUUACAAUCCAAUAUCGUAUAUGCCGUUCCACCGUGAUUCUUGUCUGAUCCAAGUGAAGACACGACAAAUAGCGAUCAAUCAUUGUACAAGUACUAGUACUAAAACACUUCUCGAUUGUUGAUCAUCUAUCAAUUUUCAUUUUCAUGCCUAUUUUUCACCGCCCCGACUGAAAUCCACUCAAUCCAAAACGAUCUCUCCACCCCUACCCACACCCACACCCAGCCCCGUCCAUUGAUUCUCCCAAUGGAGUAAAAUUCCCAACCAUUCGGAACCCGAGGCUCUAUCAUCAAAGACCGAGCCCAUCUCCCGUCAAAUUGUCUAUCAUCCAUAUAUGCUAAAUGUACGAUAUGUUUCCAAAAUUGAGAUUUCGAAAGAAAAAAAAAGAGACCAGGAGGCCGGCCACCAAUCGAAAGGAGAAGGAGAACGAUAAGAACUAGAAGAGUCACCAAUGGUGGUAAUCUUCCUCCUCCAGUGCUCCAGUGUCCAAUGAAUGUUCCGGCAAUAUGAGUCCAAUCGAAUCGAUCCAGAGGAUUUUUGCCAUCCAAAUCUAGUCUUCUGUGCAUUGGAGUCGAGCUCCAAAGAGAAAAUAAAUAACUAUUAUGAGACAUACCACAA